GGGAGGGGGAAAACAAUCCGUAGUAUUAAAACCCGCGGGAGCAGCUGUUCGAAAUCUUGCAGUAAAUGACAAGCAGCCGCUCGGGUGCCGCAGUCGCAGAAGUAAGCAGGUUGAGCGGCGCGACCCACUCCCACUUUGGACUUACAUUCACUUAAUAGUUCACACAAACUGACAUCUGACCAUAUUGUCAGUUUUCAUUCAGUUUCACCACGGCUACGGCAUCCACCAUGCCGCUGAAUUCAAGUAUGGCGAGUAAAAAUUAUGAUUACGACUACGACUCCUACCAGCCCUAUUUCUAUUUCGACAACGAGGAUGAGGAUUUCUAUAACCACCAGCACGGACAGCCACCGGCGCCCAGUGAGGAUAUAUGGAAGAAAUUUGAACUGCUCCCCACUCCGCCGCUCUCCCCGAGCCGGCGUCCCUCGCUGUCAGACCCCUUCCCCUCCACGGCCGACCAGCUGGAAAUGGUUUCGGAGUUUCUCGGGGACGACGUGGUCAACCACAGCUUUAUUUGCGACGCGGACUACUCCCAGUCUUUUCUGAAGUCGAUUAUCAUUCAGGACUGUAUGUGGAGCGGUUUCUCCGCCGCGGCUAAGCUGGAGAAGGUGGUGUCGGAGAGAUUAGCGUCGCUGCAGGCGGCGAGGAAAGAGUCUUCCAGGAGCGACUCUGUGGAAAGCUGUCGGUCCAGCCCUAACGUCAGCUACCUUCAGGACAUGAGCACCCCUGCCUCACAGUGCAUUGACCCGUCAGUAGUGUUUCCUUUUUCGUUGACUGACAGCUCAAAACCGUGUAAACCGUCAUCCACACCGAUUUCCACAACACUGCCACUGGAUACUCCACCAAACAGUGGGAGUAGCUGCAGCAGCAGUGACAGUGACUCCGAUGACGAAGAGGAGGAGGAAAUCGAUGUUGUCACGGUGGAAAAGAGAAGGUCUGUGAGAAAGCCUGACGGAAACGCAACGCAUCAAAGCCCCGUUGUCCUCAAGCGGUGUCACGUUAAUAUUCACCAACACAAUUACGCCGCCCCCCCAUCCACGCGGAGUGAGCAGCCUGCGGUCAAGCGGAUUAAAUACGAGAGUCCCAUCCGGGUGUUUAAACAAAUUAACCACAACCGAAAAUGCGAUAGUGCCAGGUCUUCAGACUCUGAGGAUAACGACAAACGCAGGACUCAUAACGUGCUCGAGCGGCAGCGGCGGAACGAGCUCAAGCUCAGUUUCUUCGCGCUGAGAGACGUGAUUCCUGACGUGGCGAACAACGAGAAAGCUGCCAAAGUGGUGAUACUCAAGAAGGCGACGGAGUGCAUAGCGACCAUUCGAGAAGAUGAACAAAGACUUAUCUCACUUAAAGAGCAAUUAAAUAGAAAGUGUGAACAUUUGAAACAGAGACUUGAGCAGCUAAGCAGUUCUUAAGUUGCUUGGACUUAAUUUAUGGACUGAACUUGUUUUAAGCAUCCUUGUAUGGUCACGUCAAUACAAGGUCUAGAGGGUGUGGCAAGUAGUGAGCAAUCUGACAUCGAUUUAUACAAUAACACUGCCUCAGUUUGAACGUAAUGGAGGUUAGAUUUAUUUGUAUUUAAUUUUAUUUUUAUUAAUGAAAUGGUCUGUGGUUCUGCUUACUGUUGGCCUUAACUUAAUGUUUUGUUUUUGUAAGUUUUGUACAUACUGCACAUAUGUAUUCAAGAUACUGUUGAUUUCUGAAUCAUAAAAUGCAUUUCUCUAUAAAACAGUGUUUUUUGGCUAAUCCUGUCUUCAAUGUGACUCAUUACUUUUUGCCUAUUACAGUCUCAUGAUGACCAGCCUUCAAUUAGGUAAUCCAUUAAGAAGAUACAGGCAUGCAUUCAUUUGAUGUUUAAUGGAUUUGGCAUCCUUUCAGUCUACUUAAGUUUUACAUAUAAUUUACGUUGGCAAUGCCAUCAUCUGUUUGUAACUUUAGGAUGACUAAUGCUUGUGUCAGAAUAACAUUCUCUACUUACAAGCAUUGGAGCCAGUGCCUUAUGUAAAGCCACUUAGACUCAUACAUCCCAUUGAUUUUGUUUUAGAUAACUGCAUUUUAUUCUACAAGAAUAUUAAGAUGAGAUUGUCUGAUUUUAAGAGUACCUAAUGAGAGUAAUUAAUUUCUCUAUAAAUUUUACUAUAAAACUGCUGCCUUAAUAUGUCAUGAAAUGCAUUAUUAUUGGCAUUUAACUUUGUAAGAAGAGCUCUGAUGCACCUGCUGCACAAAAAGAUGCCACCUUUCCUUCAGUAGAGCAGUUUAGAAGACCAUGCUGGCAUAGGGAGUCUCAAAAGGAGAGCAGCUUAUUCUUUCCAUCACCUUCAACUCACAAAUGCCAUGUUUACUAAAAGUUGAAGAAGGGUUUGGUAGAUGACAUACAGUACAUGCUCCUUUUCAUACUCCGUUUUUAAUCUUUUUAUCUGAUGUUAUUUUCUCUUGUUGUGCUGCUAAGAUUGUGGAAACAAUACUGGAUGGAUGAGGACAAAAUCACAGACUAAAUAUUUGCUGUGUGCCUUUUUUUGGGGGGGUUGCAAAUUUGGCUUGGCUUCACAGACAGGGUUUACAUUAAGCCAGGCUUAGGCUAUGGUUCAAUUAGAACAUUUAAGUAUCUUUUAUAAACUUGCCUUAGAAAAUUUUUUUUUUACUGGUGUGCAUCUUGAGACAUAUCAAUAGUACUAACAUAUUUUAAGAUAUGUCAGUGCAAGUUUCUUACAGUUAAAAGAUAACAGACAUGAAUUUUAGUCUAGGACUAGGCUUAAGCCUUGUCUGUGAAACCGGGGAUAUAAAUAUUACAUUCUUUAUGCCAGGGAAGUGUUUUUAUGACCAAACCUGGAUCCACGUGGAUAAACUCCCAAAAAAGGAAGUUCAAGAGUCCUGAAUAAGUGAAAUCUAACACACACACACAGACAGACAGCCUCUUCUUGUCGUCUUCUCUUCUUCUUGACAGGUUGUCAUUUAGGGUAAAGGUUUUAGUGUCAAGCACUGUGGUAUUUACAAUCACUGUUAGCAUGAUAAUGAAGCUAAAUAGUUUAUUUAGGGUAAAAUUACGAGCCACGAGUUAAAUUAUAAUUGUUUUGUAGAGUAAUAGAUGAAGUUGUCGAGCGGUGACGUCAAGCCCUGAUCAGACUAUGCAAAGCGCCCGAUAAUGCGCGUGCUGCUGUGAGCACAUGGAGGAGAGAAGACGUACACUUAGCAGCCUGGCUAAUGUAGCCUGUGGGUCGCAAAAUAUUUGGAAAUGAUCAACAUUUCAGAUCUGGAAAGCGGACUGGGUUGCCUAAGGCGUCCAACGUGGAUGAUAUUGAGGAUGUGAGCAGUCCUUUCACCUUUAAGAGUUGUCUUCAAAAUGGAGCUUGUUCUUUUUCCUAAGUUUCAGUCUGAGUGAAGAGGUUGUGUAUCAGUUAUCCAGACCCUCUGCUGGAGGAUUCAAAUUGGACCAGAUUCCUUUGUAAAGUGGUCUCUCACCUCUAUUAUGGGACAUGUUGUACUUCAUUGCUUCUGGGUGGUCCUGUACACCUAGAAUGGCUUAUAGUGUGAGUAAAUUAUGGGGUAAUUUUAAUUUUUUUGGUGAACUUCUCCUUUAAUGCCAACUUUCUUACAACCCGUACUGUAUUUCAGCAUUUAAUGCAGUAUUACGGGUUAGACAUCCUUCAAGGGGCUCCCGGAUUCAACCGGCACAGGCAGCCUGUGUGUAUUUGUUUUGUGACGUGCACAUUAUGCAAAAAGACAAGCUGUUAUGUAAAUAUUUCUUAAUUCUAUACAGUUGUGUCUUGCUACUAAACUCAUUUGACCCCCACAUCCUCUAGUUUGCCUUUUUAUUAUCUCUUUUUACUUUGAUUUCCCUUCCCUCUCGCUAACACUCUGUGUUCUUUAUCUAAGGGCAGCAGGCCAGGCACACGUGUACCAGCUCUCUGAAGAAGGCCAGUUCAGUGGAAACUAGCAAGCAAACACUCUGAAAAGGACACACGUUCCCUCAAUGUCAGCAAAUAUUUGGUCACAAUUUUUAAAGGGAAGUGACUUUUAAAGGUGAAUGCGUAAGCUUGUGGUUUAAGAUCAAUGUGAUUAAGCGAUUGAUCAGGGUUUUCAUGGCCAUUUAUUCAGAUUAUUUUACGACCCUCUAGAUCAGCCUCUGUGGACUGCAAUUUUUCUAUGGGUCACAAAUGUUAUAAAAUAGAUGAAAUAUAGUUGUGCAACUUGUUCCCCCGUGUUGUUUUUGUAUGUAUUAUUUGUCAGAAUGAUUUCUGAAGGAUCAUGUGACAUGGAAGAUUGGAGUAAUGAUGCUGAAAAUUCAUCUAUACCCUCACAGCGAUAAAUUAAAAUUACAUUUUAAAAUAUGUUCUUUGCUGUAUUUUUGAUCCAAUAAAUGCAGGCUUGUUGAACAUUUGAGACUUAUUUCACAAAAUCUUACUGACCCCAAACUUUUGAGCAUCAUUAAAUAUUGUAGAAACUUAAUUUUCUGUAAAGUUGCUUUGCAAUGAUUUGUAUCGUAAAAAGCGCUAUACAAAUAAACUUGAAUUGUAUGUACAGUAAUGCAAUAGAAAAAAAUUAGUACAAGAUGUGAAAUGUGAUUGGGAUUGCAUUCCAGGAAAAUGCACAAAACCCACAAAACUUGACGUCUUUGCACAAAAAUCCACUUAUCAUAUUACUGUCUGAAGCAACACAUUGCAAAAUGUUUGCAAUCCAUAAUCCAAGAUUUGGUUGAAUGAGGGUUCAUCACAGGGUUAGCAGGGUGCCGGCAAAGUCAUGACUAUGUAUUUUUUUUUCUGGCACCUUGAUCCUUCUGGAUUGCUUGACAUUGCAUCAUUUAUCUCUUCCCAUGUGUUUAGUGUAGUGAAAGUGCAUCAGAGUGAGGGAGAGCAAGGAAAUCCCCUUCUGCCACGUGGGAUAUAAACAAAGAGUCCAGUUUAGCUCAAACUCUCUCUCUCUUGCCUUGCAGUGCGAGAGGUCCCACCACACUCAACUGCCGGCAUUCACACUCCGUCCUCUCUCACUGCACACCUUCCUGUUGAGAUUGGCUCACUUCGAUUCCUCUAAGAUGAAUGUCUCUCUGAACCUCUUGUGGCAUUUGAGUGAACUGCAGUUCCAGGUUCCAGCUCUGGGAACUACAGAGGAAUUUGCUGCAUCACAGACCAAAUCUGUGUACACAACAUUCCUUUGAAGUGACCAACAAGAGUAUAUAAUUGAUGUCUCUUGAGAGAGAUCUGUUUACUGGUUCUCAAUUACUUUAUCUUUCUGUUCAUCCAUCAUCUUAGUCUCACUUUCACAGUCUCUCCACCACUGUCGUUUCAUACAGCGAUUUGUAUGAAUAAUAUAUGCCACAUUGCUUCGCCAUCAUUAAAGGUGACCUUGGUUAAUUAUUGAUCAGGUCAGAUGAUUACAGUCCUGACCUGUAUGUUCUCGUCUACCGCUCGGCUCAGUUUUCAUGUCUACGCUCUUAAUUCCUCUUUGUAUUCCUGGAGACCCUCAUAUGAUGAAUUACUGUCUAUUGUUAUUGCUGGGGGAGUGUUGGUGCAUUUACAGAGACAUGAAAUGUAAAAUUAGAAAUGUAACCCCAAUGCCAAGACUAUUACUUUGUUUUUAUGAAAUAUGUUAGUAGUCAGUUGGUCAUUAUCACUAAAUAAACCCUGACAGGGUGAUCAGGUUUUUGCCCCGAAGGGGUUUAUUUUGUUACAUUGAUUGUCUGACUCUAAAAUGUCCUGCUUAUUACCCUGCUACUUGUCAAAUAAAUACAUAAAUGGACUUGAAA